AUGUCAGCCAAUGAAGUUGUUGUAGGUGUCAUCUUCUUAUCACAAACUGUGAUUGGGGUUCUGGGCAAUUCCUCUCUUCUGUACCAUUAUCUCUUCCUUUACUUCACUGGGUGCAGGUUAAAGUGUACAGACCUGAUUCUUAAUCACUUGAUUUUUGCCAACUUCUUAACUCUCCUGUGUAGAGGAGUACCCCACACCAUGGAAGCAUUUGGUUGGAAAGUUUUCCUUGGUAAUGUGGGGUGCAAACUACUCUUCUACCUACACAGAAUGGGUAGAGGAGGGUCCAUUGGAACCAUCUGUUUCCUGAGUGUCUUCCAGGCCAUCACCAUCAGCCCCAGGAACUCCAAGUUGGCAGAGUUUAAAAUGAAGGUUUCCAAGUAUGCUGGCUCCACUUUGUGCCUCAUCUGGGUCCUGUACAGCCUUGUAAAUGUUAUUUUUCUUAUGUACAUGACUGGGAAUUCAAUGAAGGAAAAUCACACAGGCCUAAAAUAUCAUGCAUACUGUUCCAGUGUUCGUCCCGACAAAACUGCAGAGUCAUUAUAUGCAGCCCUGCUGUCCAUCCCUGAUGCUUUGUGUGUGGGGCUCAUGCUCUGCACCAGCAGCUCCAUGGUUUCUGUCCUGUACAGGCACAGGCAGCAGAUGCGAUGGAUCCACAGGACUAAUGUGAACCCUGGAUCUUCUCCUGAGUCCAGAGCAACCAAACACAUUCUUCUCCUGGUCAGCUCCUAUGUUUGUUUUUACACACUCUCCUGCAUCUUUCAAGUUUUGUUUUCUCUUACUUAUAAUCCCAACAUUUUCCUGGUGAACAUAUGUGCCAUAGUUGCUGGGUUUUUCCCAUCUGUCAGCCCUCUGCUGCUGUUGAAGUGUGAAUGCAGAGUAUCCAGGUUUUGCUUUGCCUGUAUAAGGAAUGGAAAAUCACCUAUGUAUAUGACAAAUGGGUAA